ACUGGCGCAUGCGCGGUGUGCGCAUAGUGAUUCGGCGGUGAAAAGGAACAAGCAAAGCACUGCCGGGCAGCGCAUCAGCAGCAAGAACCGAAUCAACGUUCACCCACUUCCUUUGCCUUCGAGCGUCGUGACACAGAGUUCGGAACAUGGCGGAUAAAGAGGUUUAUGAUGAUGCAGUGGAAGAAAGGGUCAUCAAUGAAGAGUACAAGAUCUGGAAGAAAAACACGCCUUUCUUGUACGACCUGGUGAUGACUCAUGCACUUGAGUGGCCCAGCCUCACUGUCCAGUGGCUCCCAGAUGUCCGCAGGCCAGAGGGGAAGGACUACGCUGUCCACAGGCUGGUUUUAGGGACCCAUACAUCAGAUGAGCAGAACCACCUUGUGAUUGCCAGUGUCCAAGUGCCAAAUGAUGAUGCCCAGCUUGAUGCUUCACACUAUGACAGCGAGAAAGGAGCAGAGUUUGGUGGAUUUGGUUCAGUAAGUGGAAAAAUAGAGAUCGAGAUCAAAAUCAACCACGAGGGAGAGGUGAACCGAGCCCGCUACAUGCCCCAGAACCCCUUCAUCAUUGCCACCAAGACUCCCACGUGUGAUGUUUUGGUCUUUGACUACACGAAGCACCCGCCUAAGCCAGAUCCCAGUGGGGAAUGUAUUCCUGACAUGAGACUGAAAGGUCACCAGAAAGAAGGGUAUGGUCUUUCUUGGAAUCCCAACCUCAGCGGCAACCUUCUCAGUGCCUCUGAUGACCAUACCAUCUGUCUAUGGGACAUCGGUGCUGGCCCAAAGGAAGGGAAGGUUGUUGAUGCCAAAACCAUCUUCACAGGCCACACAGCAGUGGUGGAAGAUGUUUCCUGGCAUUUGCUCCAUGAAUCCCUGUUUGGCUCAGUGGCCGACGACCAGAAGCUUAUGAUAUGGGACACACGGUCCAAUAACACAUCCAAAGCCAGCCACGCGGUGGAUGCUCACACUGCUGAAGUCAACUGUCUGAGCUUCAACCCAUACAGCGAGUUCAUUCUUGCCACUGGUUCUGCUGAUAAGACUGUUGCACUGUGGGAUCUCAGGAACCUCAAACUGAAGCUACACUCGUUUGAGUCCCACAAAGAUGAAAUCUUCCAGGUACAAUGGUCUCCUCACAAUGAGACCAUCUUGGCCUCCAGUGGCACCGACCGGCGUCUCAACGUCUGGGAUCUCAGUAAAAUUGGGGAGGAGCAGUCGGCAGAAGAUGCAGAGGAUGGCCCACCAGAGCUGCUGUUCAUCCACGGAGGCCACACCGCCAAGAUCUCCGACUUCUCCUGGAACCCCAACGAACCCUGGGUUAUUUGCUCUGUGUCCGAGGACAACAUCAUGCAAGUCUGGCAGAUGGCAGAGAACAUCUACAAUGAUGAGGAACCAGACAACACCCCUGCAUCAGAGCUGGAGGCUCAGGGAUCUUAACCCAGUGCUGCACCAAUCUCUCUCGAGGCACGACCCCUCCUCCAAACCUGGCCCCACCUGACGCCCUCUUCUCUACUUCACUCAAGUGCAAAAUGAAAACGUCUGCUCUCCACAUGAAUGGACAGUGUGGAUUCAGAGACAUUGUGGACUUGUUAACAGACAGAUGGAUUCAGUCGGUCUUCUUUACUCUGCACCAUGGCUCAGGUACUCUGAAGCAGGCCAACAUCCGACCAUUUCGGUACCAUCUCCAGUGUCUGGGGAUCUGGUGGUGAAGGUGCUUUGAGCAUAAAACUGUCAUGUGCCAGUCAUUGAGAGCCGUUAAUCUGUUCAUGUCAGAGGGCUCAUGCAAAGAAAAGUGUCAUUUUACAUUUGGAUCAUGAAUAUCUAGGAAACCAGUAAACAGGCUCCCUGAAGAUAGAAAUAUGUAGUAGAACCUGCACAAUAGAUGAGUACCUGACCUCCAUCCCUCUGAACUCUGAGUGUUCAGCAGCUUUUCUUAAUGUUCCACCUGAGUUAUUGUUGGCUGUUAUUUUUCUUGCAUUUAGCUGACGCAUCACUGUCUUGUGAAGAAACAUUCCGUUUUUCUCCUAUAGGUUCGUAAACUGCUAAGUUGGUGUCUCGAGUGAAAGGUGUGGGACUUGACAAGUGUACCUUUCUUUCCUCUUCUCUUGUUACAUGAUAAAUGACCCUGUUUUGUGUCCUGAACCUGAAAUCACAAUAAGACUUUUGUAACUUUUUUAAAGCCAGUUUCGCAUUCAUUUACAGUUCCAAUUUGACUAAGGCAGAACAAUCUUCACUCCUCUGAUUCCUUAGCUAAAGGAAAUAAAUCCAUAGUAAAGAGCAAGUGCAAAUUCUACAAAAUGUUUAUUGAAAAGAAAGACAGGACUAUAAGAACAUUGUACAAUCAAAGAGAGGGUGUGGGCUUUUUCAGUAAAAAUAAAGCCCUCUGAAGCUG